AAACUUGAAUUUGAAACCCUGCUCAAACCGAUCCCAGCAGAUUCAAACGAGCAAAGCGCGCGCCAAAACUGCGCGCGCAUUCCGCAUCCAACUCGGACCACUAGCGGCUCGUACCUGACGCUGUGGAUCGAUCGCAAGCAUGGCGCCUACUGAAUGUGACGCGACGGCGCUGUACUGGGUCAAGCUGCGUACUAUGCAGGUCUUCUGGCCCGCCUGCGUGUACAAGAGCUACUCGGCCGCCGUGACGCACACGCACGACGUGUGGCCACUGCGUAACGACAAACCCGCGCUGGACGCCGAGGACCGCGUCCUCUACUUCUUCGGCGUUGGCCCGCGCGCCUGCCACGUGGUAGCGACUGGCUCCGCACCCAACCUGCAGCUAUGCGUCGCUCACGAAGAUGACAUCACACGUGAGCCCUGGACUGGCGCUGAGGACUUCCCCGAGCUCUGCGGAAAGCAUCAGAUACCCGUCGAUAUCGUCACUCGUGCGCAGAAUAACGCUUGCUUCCUGCGCGCCUGUGAGGAGGCCGCAACAUUCGCUCGUGACGUGCGCACCGACGAGCAAGCCGGCGAGCUAUUCGUGACGCUGUUGACCAUGGCCAAGAAGGCUCGCGAGACCGGCAAGGCCAUCGUAGUGAGGGAGAUCAUUCCUUCGCCCGCGAAGGCUCCAGAGAAGACCAAGAAGACCCAGCAGAAGGUCGCGGAGGAGAAGAAGGCAACAGAUGUAGCCAAGCUGCUCAAGACUCCGGAGAUGACGACUAUGAUGGCCAAGUGCUGGCAGCAGAUGCUGGAGGCUGGCUGGGAGACGAUGACGCAGGGCGACGGACAGGUGCUGUACAAGAUGCCAGGCACGAACUUCUUCGACUUUGUCCCGAACGUCAACCUCUUCGACUCGCUUGAGAAGGCCUGCGGCCGCUACUUGAGCGACUGGGUCAAAUCGACGUCUGUUGACGACUCGAGUGAGGAUUUCUCCGAGUUGACUGAGUUUCUGUGGCCCAUGGCGGCUAGUAGUGGCUGGGAGAGUAUGGUGACGACGUCCGAGACGUUGUAUAAGAAGGCAGACUUGCCGUUCGACCAGUGGAUGCCCAAUGUGACGAUCUUCCGCUCCAAAUCUCAGGCUGUGGCCAAGUAUCUACAGGAGUGCGGACUCAUUAACUCGAAGGACGACAACACUCCUGAAACACAAGACGUUGUGUCCGAUGCUGCUGAUUCAGAUGUCGAGAUGGAGGAACCUGAGGAAUCCGAGGCUGAGAGCGAGGAGCAGAGUCAAAUGGCUGAGGCUGAGUCCGAUGACAGUGAAGAAUCUGCGAGUGAGGAGGAAGAUGAAGAGGAGGACAACCAAGAAGAGGACGAGGACGUUCCUGCUUCACCUGUGAAGAAGAAAGAAAGCAAAAAGAGCGCAGUUAAGGCUGCUCCCAAGUCGCAACCCACUAAGACGGUCGCGAAGCCAGUCAACCAGAUGCAGAAUAUUCCUAAGAAGCCAAGGCAGGAUAUUCCUCCGUUCAAGAUGGCAUUUGGAAAGCUCGAGAGCGAGUUGAAGCGCCGUGGAUGGUACUGGAAGAGUGGAGGUCUGCAGUGGAACUACUACCAGCCAUACUGCAAGACGAAGGACAAGAAGUCACUCAUUGCUAACGAAGACUACUUCUGUGGCCGAGAACAACUCGAAGUUUACCUUGAUCACAGUGGUGAGUACGACCAUAUCCGCAGGAAGCUGGAAGACGAUCACUACAAUCUAUACAUUGUUGAAAGUGACAGCGACGAAGACGAACCAAACAGUGCAGCAAAGGCUCCAGUCCGUGCCAAGAAACCUGAGCCAAAGCCAGCCCCAAAGCAAACUGUCCGUGGUCGAUCCAAGUCCGUGAGUCGCUUCCGACGUGCUCGCUCAAAGUCAACGGCUCGGGGAUCUAAUGGUUUGUCAUCCCAAACCACACUUGCUGAAGUCAAAUUCGGUGAGAUCUGGCGUGUUCUAUCGGACGAUGGCUGGCACUACCGCUACGGUGCGCUUGAGUGCGACUACUUUAUGCCCCACUGCGCCACCACCAAGGACGGCAUUGCAGGAGUCGACUACUUUCAGACAAAGGAUCAACUGAUCGAGUACUUGCAUACCAGUGGAAUCUGGGAUAGGACGGCAGCGCGUGUGCGAGCUGAAGCUGCUAUGGACUCGGACGAGUUCAUGGAUAGCGAUGUCGAUACAUCAACCCCCGUUCAGAAGAGGAAGCGCGACGAAAUCACCCCAGCCCCUCAGCAUGGAGCCAAGAAACAGAAGGAUGCAUUCCGUACUCCGACUGACAAGCGAUUGGCAACUGCAGACCUCAGUGACGAUGAAGACAUGGAUACUAUUUCGCCUGAUGCUGCAGGUGUGAAGGGCAAGGAGAACAACGGAAGCGGUCGCCAGCCGCUACGAAAUCUCGCCAACAGCUUCACACCUUCGCCGAAUGCUGCACCGAAGGAGAAAAAUCUACAACGCACUGAUAGUACUGAUGUUCCGAUGGAUUCUGCGAAGGAGACUCCGAGUAACUUGAUUCAAAGUGCGAUCCAGAAGCUCACGUCAGCUUAUAUUCCAACCAAAUUCCGUCACCGUGAGAAGGAGUUCACAGAGAUCCGCAAGUUCUUCACCGAUUGUUUUAAAGGAGAGGAAAUGACCAGUUUGUACAUCUCCGGUGCACCGGGAUGCGGUAAGACUGCACUGCUGAAGGCCACUCAGUCGGAAAUCGAUGAACUCUACCAGGAAUGCUGCUCUGGACAAGCCACGGAACCCGUUCGUUGCCAUGUCAACGCGAUGGCUCUCGCUGACUCGUCAGCACUUUUCUGUAAACUCGCGGAAGCACUUACAAAAAAAUCUUUUUCCAGCGGGAACGAGGCGUUCGAAGCCAUUGAGCGCGCCACAAACCGGAAACUCAAGACUUCCAAGACGAUGAUCCUGAUCUUGGACGAGAUCGACGUUCUUCUCAAGAACAACGGCAUCGAGAACGAUUUAUGCAGGCUAUUCGAGCUUGCCCACCGGACUUCAAACAGCUUCAUCCUCAUCGGUAUCGCUAAUCAGGUGGACUUUACUGAGCGUCACUUGCCAAUGCUGCAACAGAGACUACCAGAUUGCUCGCCUCGCGUCGUCAUUUUUGAGCCGUACAGCCACCAGACUAUCGAGCAGAUCCUGAUUGACCGUCUUGGAGGACAAACAGCGGCUUCGAAGAUGGUUAGCUCUCACGGUAUCUCCUUCUUGGCCCGGAAGAUCGCGUCGACGACCGGCGAUAUUAGACUAGCGGUCGAUACCUGCCGUCGUGUCCUGCAGCACAAGAUGGAGCAGACAGACAAGGAGAACUCGGAGAACCCGUCGGAUGAAGACUUGGGACGGCCGCUGCCGCUUACGGACAUGCUGCGUAUCAUCAAGCAUGCGUUGGAGUCCAAGAGCGCGUUAGUGAUCCGCUCACUGCCACGUAAUCUGCAGAUGAUUCUGUUCGCGUCUACUCGACUGCUCAUCGUGACGGCGAACCGUGCUGCAGCGAAUGGAAACGAGAACACGCCGCUCUUGAAUGUCGACGAGCUGUACUCGUGCUACUGCGAGGUAAGUAAGGACGCAGGAGUAUUCAAACCGCUGUCAGGACGCGACUUCAGGUCCGCGUUGGACACACUGGGUGAGGAAGGUCUCAUCGCCGAGGCGGAGCUGAGGAAGCAGUUGAUUAAGCUUCUGUUCAGCACCAGCGAGUUGCUGCAGAGCUUCCGCAAAGACCCCUUCUUCUCGCGGCUCGUAUAACCGCGAUGUGGUAGGUGUCUUGGUCGGCAGACGUACUACCUCGCUAGAGUGUUUACAGAGCUUAAAAGAUAUUAAUGUCUGCCUCAUAAUAUACUAUGCUUGUUGCACGUUACACCCCCC